AUGGCUUCCGAUGACAAUAUAUUCGAUGACGCCAAUCUUCUUGGCCAAAGCCUGACCAUGCUUCCAGGAGAGCAUGACCCAUUCAACGUGAAUAUCAUAGAAGGAGACAAGAGUACCGUCGUUGGACUAGCAGAUGAAAUGCACAAGGCACAAUUCGCAGAUGGAAAUACUUACUUGUUGCCCAAAAAUGUCCGAGCAAACAUUGGUAACCGCAAAACUGUCGUCAACUCCAUUAGGGUUGAAUCCGGCGAUGAACUAGCCCAAGAACUUGAUGCUAGUGCUUCGUUGAGUGGUAGUUACGCGGGUUUCUCUGCAAGCGCGUCCGCCCAGUAUAGCUACGGCUCAAGCCUAAGCAGCACAAAGUACUACGCCCUUCUCAGUGUGGACCAUACAUCCUUUACCUUGGCACUUGAAGGCCAUGGCGAGACUGAUUCGAGGAUCAAUUCAGAACUCGUUCAAGCCGUGAAGAAGCUUCCUGAGUGGGACCUAACGCAAGAGGUUCACGACAAAUACGUGAAUGUCGGUGCUGAGUAUAAUGGUAUCGCCAAAGUCAAAGGCGACGUGAGCGUGAAAGGGAGCAACGAGUACAAGAGUUAUCUCAAGACCCGUCAAUUCCAGACUAAAGUGUACGGUGGGAGCUCCAGCUCAAGUCUUAUUCUUGGUAAUGCACCAGACGAAGCAGAGAAAUACCAAGAGGCCUUCAAUGAUUGGGCCAACAGUCUCAAUGACGCGGUUGCAAGCAAUCUGAUCAAUGUCAAGAUCGAUAGUAUUGGAAACCUAUUGAGCAACAGUUCUGUCCAAGAGCACAACAAUAUCGCAGACAAGCUGGUCAAAGCGCUUGACUUCCUGGCUAGUAAAUGGCUGGCAGAUGGCUUUUUGAAGCUAUGUUUGCCUAAAGAGUCACCUUCUCAGACUCAUGUUCGCGAGCUAUCCAUCCAGGGGACACCGGGUGUCUUGAUACGUCAAGGCUCACAAGAAAAGCCGCGACUUGAAAUCGACUGCACCGUUUGGGAGAACGAGACAUUCAUUAUGGAUGGCGGCUGGGAUGCAGUCCAAGUAGUUUUGCAGCCACCUUCAGCAAGUAAAUCUGAGAUCCAGCUUCUCUACUCGGGCCUGGACAACACGAAGUGGAUGGAAGAAAUACGCAUGAGAGGAGCCAGAAUCGAAGGUGACGUGGUGAUUAAUGGGGUGAUCCCUAUUACAAUUCUAGCACCCCCCACGGCUCUUACUGGGGAGUUGUCUAACCCUACUAGUCAGUCGUUGACUAACACUGACUUGGACUUCUCGCCACGCGGUCCAAAGUUGCAUCUGGCGGAAGGGAAGACGAAGGAGGCAUUCAAAGUUCGUUCACUAUUUCUGCCUGGCUUCGGGGGCAACGACUGUCAAAUUGGUGCAUGCUUUACCAAGGACUGA